CUCUAGUUUACUUUGUUCCAAAUCACAAAGCAGGAUGAUUACCACACCGGAAAGCAUAUUUCACAAGAGGCCCAGAGAAAGAUCCAGUCGUUGCUAAACACAUUAAUCAGAUUUUCAGCACUCCAGCUCUGGCUGAGAAGAAUAAGGUGGUGUGGGAGAGCCCAGCCCAUUUGGAAUGGUGCCAAGGGCUAUUCCAAACAAGCUUUGCCUGUUGCUUUCAAGCCAUUUGCCAUUUUGUGAGCAUCCCUAUGGAGAGGCCCAUGUGGUGGGGAACUGAAGGCUUGGCUAACAGUUGGUGAAGACUGAGGCCCGCCAACAACUAGUAUGUGAGCUUAGAAGUGGAUUCUCCAGCUACAGACAAGUACUGAGGAUGACUGCAGACCCAGCUGGCAGCCUGACUGCAAUCUCAUGAGACACUCUGAGCUAGAACCCCCUAGCUAAGCAGCUCCUGGACUCCUGACCCUUAGAAACGCACCAUAACAAUUAGCCUUUGUUGCCCGGUACACUUCUCUUUUCAUCUCUGCCCCCUCCUGCAUCCUUGUCAUUACCUUGUGCGCUCCCCAUGUAUCCUCAACACCAACUAUCUUCUCUGAGGCCAAACCCAGGAGUCAUCACCUGCUGAAUCAUUCGUGGUACCAAGAGGAAGCAGAUGAGUGAAGCAGCAUGGAUUCCGUCAGCCAGGUCCCCAAGCACAUCCUGGAUAUCUGGGUCAUUGUCCUCAUCAUCCUGGCCACCAUUGUCGUCAUGACCUCCUUGUUGCUGUGCCCGGCCACUGUGGUCAUCAUCUAUCGCAUGCGGACUCAUCCUGUGCUCAAUGGGGCUGUCUGAGAACCUCCCAAGAGGAACAGGUGAGGGAUGAGGACAGCGUCCCCUCCCCUGGCCUCUUCCCCUGUCUCAGAAAGGCAGCAGGAGGGACUUUGGUGUGUGGACUCUGGAGCUUGAAACGUGAGAGGAGACCUGAGUUCUGGUUUUGAUUCUGCCACUGGCCAGCUGUGUGAGUUUGGUCAAGGGACCUAGUUCUGUGAGUUCCAGGUUCCUUAUCUUUCACAUGGGGAUUAUGAUCCCUCCCCUUCCUACCUCAUAGGGUUGUGAGAACCGUUGACUUAGUGGAGGUUAAAGCUAUUUGUGAGCAGUAAUCACCACCGAUAUGCAGGUGUUAUUGCUGAAUGCUGAGAAGCUCUGAAGAACCGAAGAACCUAAUUGCUGAUGAAGGCCUUGAAGGUAGUGAGGGAGGCCCUGGGGGCAGAGCAGCCUUUGCCAGUGCCCCUCAGGUCAAAGCAAGCAAAGCCACCCCGUCCUCGUUCCAAGGGUCCAGCAGCACAUUGGCUCAAAAGUGGUUUUCUUUGAGGUGUCACUCCCUCAAGUUUUCUAAAAUGGGAAGGAAUUGAACAUGGCAGGGGAAGGGAGAUGAAUGGAACUUCCUGGGACCUUCUUUGUGCUAGAAUCUCUGCUCCUAUGCAAUCUGGAGGAGGGCUCUGCCGUUUUUUGGCAAUGCCAAGGAAGAUGGGGCAAUGGGCUUCUUUCUGCACUGGAGUCUCGUAGCUUUGACAUUCAAGCAAUGUUGGAAAAUGCAGGUGGCUGAGUUCCCUGGGCAGCUUUCAGGAUCUCCAGCCCCCAUCCCCCUGUGUGCCCCACGUAGAGGAGCUCUGCAGUCUGCCCCAGCUCCUGCUAUAAUUAGCUCCAUGGUAAAAUGUCCUCUCUUCACUCCCUCCCACCAGCACUGCAACCAAUCCAAGGUACAGACUUAUAUUUUGAGACAUGCUCCCAGGACUUUUGGAACUAACUCAAAACAAUGAUGGGUUAUUUUAGAUGCUAUGAUUUAUAUUUAUAUAGAGAGAUUUCUGGACCACCCAAGCUCUUUGACCAAAAUCAGGAGCAUCCUGGGAUUUAUUAAAUUAUGUAAGAAGAUAGCACACAUAUCAAGAUCUUAUUGUGUAAAAAUGAUGCUUUUACUUUGAUCUGAUUUCAUUGAUGUACACAACCAAUUUCCAAUAAAGUGCUAGAAUGAU